CCUCCCGAACCCGCACACACCCACACCUUCAUUGCUGCUACCGUAAUCUUUUUUUAUGGCGGUUCCUCUUUUUUCCCUCACCAUCCUGCUUUGCUGACUUGACCGUUUCGGCAUUAGAUGGCCGCGGUCUCGCAGUCGUCCCGCUCUACGACAUUGCCUAAUUCACCGCAAUCGCAAGCCGAGUCGACGAUCAGGUCGCAGUUGCAGUCACAGUCACAGUCACAGUCUCAGUCUCAGUCUCUGUCUCCGCCGCUGCCGCACUCUCUCCGCCGUCCAAGUCACAACAGCGCCUUCAGUAACAGCAAUAACACAUCUUCGGUUUCGGCUUCGUCCUCGUCGACCUCUGCCACUGUUUCUCCUCCUCUCAGAGGGCCACAAGUCCCUCUUCCCGUGGCCGUCUCGACGCUCCACAACCGACAGUACAACCACUCAAGCAGCCCCUCUACCAGCUCCCAGAGGCCGGGCGGCUUCCUAGCCCUCGCUGCUGCUGCUCUCGACAGGACCUUUUCUGGAAUUGGCGAGCAAAGAGUCAGGCCGCGCCAGUCCCUGAGCCGUCUUUCUGUCGGCCCAGACGUCCUGCUGCCCCAGUCGAGCCCCGAGAAAUCGUCUCGCUACUCGUCUCUGCUGUCGACGCCCCUACCCGGCGACGGCCAGAACCCGAGCGUGAGCUCGUUGCUCAAGGACAUACCUUCGCAGCCCUACAGCGCGACCGACGCCUCCCAACCCCCACCAGUCCAUCUCUCGCGCCUCGACAACAAGAUGCAUCAGACAUCGUCAAGGCUGUUACGCAUGACGGACGAUGACCGUCCGUUCACCAAAGACUUCAAAGAUCUCUUUGCUACACUGAUAGUCAGCCUUUUGCCCCUCUCGGCGCAUCGUGUCCGCCUGAGCAAGAUAGAACACACGUUUCUGUCUGAGGAUGCCAUCAACAACCUGGGCUCGCUCAAGUUUUCACAGUCCAACCGCAUGCCGGACCCCAAUGACCCGUCACGGAUUGUAACGACGACUACCACGACGACCUUCUCCAUGGCCAAGGACAUGGCGCGCUCCAUAUGCCAGAGAUUCCUCGAGGCGAGAUUUAUCGAGUCGGCAGACGGAAAGUACCAGACAGUCUACUCAAUGAAGGGUUUAGUUUGGCAGCUCACGCCCAAGGGCAUCGCAAUCCUGGACCGAUUUUGCUCGAGGAAUGGAAUCCAGCAGCGGCAGGUGGCGGAGCUCAUCGGCUCGUCCCUGCCCCAGCUCGUCAUCUUGGAGCGGGACGGACAGUCGGACAAGCUGCUCACGGACAGGGGCACCAUCGAGGUCAUCUUUAGACGGUUCAUUGGCGCGAACGGCCCCAAUGUCAAGGCGAGCGUGAGCGCGGCGGAUUCGGACUCGCUUAACGACUACAGGGAUGGACUCACGGGCGUCAAGAUGGCGGGGGAACGCAAGGUGGGCGGCAAGACGUUCAAGGAUACGUUCACGGGCAAGGCCGCGACCGACUGGCUGAUGGACUGCUCGACAACGGUCGACCGGCGCGAGACAAUCGAGAUCGCCUCGCUAUUUGUCGAAUACGACCUCAUGGAGCCGGUUCAGCAGGACCGCGCCCACAUGGCGCUCUACCCGAUCCAUAACCUGUUCCAGCCCACCAAGCAUGCCAUUUACCAAGUCACGGCAAAGGGUAGGGAUUUGGUCAACGGAGCGCUGGCAAGAGGGCGCCAGUCGGAGAGCGAGGGAAUGUCGGCUGCCCGAGGAGCUGGUAUCGCCCGGGAUUCCAAUACGCAGCGGCUGGACAAGAUUCUCAACGACGCCGCUCUCCGCCUCCUGUUCCGCGAGAACCUGCGCGAGACGCAUUGCGAGGAGAACCUGUCCUUCUACGUCGACGUGGAUGAAUUUGUCCGGCAGUGCAGACAGGCGACCAAGAUAGCGCAGAAGAGCCCCGGCAAUACGGCUUCCAUGGAUGGAAUCAAGGAGAUCAUGGCCCAAGCCUACGGCAUAUACAAUGCAUUCCUGGCUCCGGGAUCCCCAUGCGAGCUCAACAUUGAACAUCAGUUGAGAAAUAACCUGGCCACGCGCAUGACAAAGGCUGUGGGACAGGAUGUGGCCAUGAUCGAUACACUUCAAGAGGUGACGGCUCUUUUCGAGGACGCUCAGAAUGCCGUCUUCAAACUCAUGGCUAGCGUAAGUCACGGGAAUUUGCCAAGACUCUCUGCAUGCGCGGGUAGAGAUGGCAAUCAGAGACAUGCUGACAUGAAUAAAAUAGGACUCGGUGCCGAAAUUCCUCCGAAACCCCAAAUACGAACAGACGUUGAAGAGCUACGAUUUCGAUUCCAUCACGAUCGGCAGCCCUUCGCAGCGCGUGCUCGAGCGCAGCCAAAGCCGGUCCAACCGCAAGUCGCCAAUGGUAGUGUGAUGUAUGGAGAAAGAGAAGAAAAAGAAUCAUGGGUUGAAAGCCCCUUCAGUCCUCACUACGCGGCCUUUACUAGCUAGCAGGAGAUAUCAACGUGCACCAUGUUUAGCAUUUGUUAUCCCUACCCCUGCCGAUGGUGAUGUCGGAAACAACUACCACGUGCAGAGAGCGUUUUUUUUUCCCUUCUCUUUUAUUUUAUUUUUCUCUAAUCUCAUUUUGUCGUGCAUAUGGGAGGGUCCCGAGGUUGAAUAUUUCGGCCUUUUGCCAUAUCUUUUGGCGGUUCGUUUCUACUAAUCUUGGUCAUUUUCUUGAUUUUUGACUGCUUUUCUGGAGAUAUACGGCGUUCUUGGGAA